GGGUGGGGGCGGGAGGUCUCAGCUGUGGCGGGGCCCCUGAGUGCUGUCCUUCACAUUAUAACCUGUCGACAUCCAGCAUGGGCAAAGGGUGUGGCGCCGAGAAUGGGGGGAAGCGGAAGAAGGACAGGGACUUGGAUGAGCUGAAAAAGGAGGUGGCCUAUGACGAUCACAGAAUCGCCUUGGAAGACCUGGGAAAACGCUAUGGAGUGGACCUCGCUCGGGGCCUGAGCAACGCCAGAGCUGCAGAGAUUCUGGCCAGGGACGGUCCAAAUGCCUUGACCCCUCCCCCCACCACCCCAGAGUGGGUCAAGUUCUGCCGUCAGCUGUUCGGCGGCUUCUCCAUCCUGCUCUGGAUCGGUGCCAUCCUCUGCUUCCUGGCCUACAGCAUCCAGGUGGCCACAGAGGACGAGGCGCCCAAUGACAAUUUGUAUCUGGGCGUGGUGCUGGCAGCCGUGGUCAUCGUCACCGGGUGUUUCUCAUACUUCCAAGAGGCCAAGAGCUCCCGAAUCAUGGACUCCUUCAAGAAAAUGGUGCCACAGCAAGCGUUGGUGAUCCGGGAGGGGGAGAAGAUGCAGAUCAAUGCUGAGCUUGUGGUGCAGGGAGAUGUGGUGGAGAUCAGAGGGGGAGACCGCAUCCCAGCUGACCUUCGAGUGAUCUCCUCCAGCGGAUGCAAGGUGGACAACUCCUCUCUGACGGGAGAAUCGGAGCCUCAGACUCGCUCCCCAGAGUUCACGCACGACAAUCCUCUGGAGACCCGGAACAUCUGUUUCUUUUCUACCAACUGUGCUGAAGGUACGGCACAGGGCGUCGUUAUAGCUACUGGUGACCGAACAGUGAUGGGUCGCAUCGCCACGCUGGCGUCAGAGCUUCAAGUCCGCCGUACGCCCAUCAACAUAGAGAUCGAACAUUUCAUCCACAUCAUCACGGGCGUGGCUGUCUUCCUGGGCAUUAGCUUCUUCAUCCUGUCACUGGUUCUGGGCUACACCUGGCUGGAGGCCGUCAUCUUCCUCAUUGGCAUCAUCGUGGCGAACGUGCCUGAGGGACUGCUGGCUACUGUCACUGUGUGUCUGACUCUCACUGCCAAGCGAAUGGCCAAGAAGAACUGUUUGGUGAAGAACCUGGAGGCCGUAGAGACUCUCGGCUCCACCUCCACCAUCUGCUCCGACAAGACGGGCACGCUGACCCAGAACCGCAUGACCGUGGCCCACAUGUGGUUCGACAACCAGAUCCACGAUGCUGACACCACCGAGGACCAGACUGGUUAUGGUUUUGACAAGAGCUCUGCUACUUGGAUUGCUCUGUCUCGCGUGGCCGCCCUGUGCAACAGAGCUGUUUUCAAAGCUGGACAGGAGGAUCUUCCCAUUGUGAUGAGGGAGACAGCGGGAGACGCAUCAGAGUCAGCUCUGUUAAAAUCCAUCGAGCUGUGCUGCGGGAAUGUUCGUGAGAUGAGAGCCAGAAACCUCAAAGUGGCAGAGAUCCCCUUCAACUCCAUCAACAAGUACCAGCUCUCCGUCCAUGAGUUGGAGGAUAAUCCCUCUGGUCAUAUUCUGGUCAUGAAGGGAGCGCCAGAGAGAAUCUUGGAGAGGUGCAGUACCAUUAUGAUCCAUGGCCAGGAGCAUCCACUUGAUGGAGACUGGAGAGACGCUUUCCAGGACGCCUACAUGGAGCUGGGAGGAUUGGGAGAGAGAGUGCUCGGCUUCUGCCACUUGAAUCUUUCUUCAUCCCAGUUCCCUCGAGGAUUCACCUUCGACUGCGACGACAUGAACUUCCCCGUCGAGCAGCUCUGCUUCCUGGGCCUCAUCUCCAUGAUUGAUCCGCCGCGUGCCGCUGUGCCCGACGCAGUGGGUAAAUGCCGCUCUGCUGGUAUCAAGGUGAUCAUGGUAACAGGGGACCAUCCAAUUACAGCCAAGGCCAUCGCUAAAGGUGUGGGCAUCAUCUCUGAGGGCAACGAGACGGUUGAGGACAUCGCUGAGAGACUGAACAUCCCUCUGAGCCAAGUUAACCCCAGGGAUGCCAAGGCUUGUGUGGUGCACGGCUCGGACCUAAAGGACAUGAGCGCCGAGUACCUGGACGACCUGCUGAGGAACCACACUGAGAUAGUGUUCGCUCGCACCUCCCCACAGCAGAAGCUCAUCAUAGUGGAGGGCUGCCAGAGACAGGGGGCGAUCGUGGCUGUGACAGGCGACGGUGUGAACGACUCUCCAGCCCUGAAGAAAGCCGACAUCGGCGUUGCCAUGGGGAUCGCCGGCUCUGAUGUGUCCAAGCAGGCGGCUGACAUGAUCCUGCUGGACGACAACUUUGCCUCAAUCGUCACCGGAGUAGAGGAGGGUCGUCUCAUCUUUGAUAACUUGAAGAAGUCCAUUGCAUAUACACUGACCAGUAACAUCCCAGAGAUCUCGCCCUUCCUCCUCUUCAUCAUUGCUAGCGUUCCUCUUCCGCUGGGAACAGUCACCAUCCUCUGCAUCGACCUGGGCACUGACAUGGUUCCAGCCAUCUCAUUAGCUUAUGAGACAGCUGAGAGUGACAUCAUGAAACGCCAACCAAGGAACCCCAGAUCAGACAAGCUGGUCAAUGAACGCCUCAUCAGCAUGGCCUACGGACAGAUAGGGAUGAUGCAGGCCCUUGGUGGUUUUUUCACCUACUUUGUGAUUUUGGCUGAGAACGGCUUUCUCCCGAAGACCCUGCUGGGCAUCCGUAUCAUGUGGGACGAUCGCGAAGUCAAUGACCUAGAGGACACCUAUGGGCAGCAGUGGACCUAUGAGCAGAGAAAGAUCAUUGAAUUCACCUGCCACACCAGCUUCUUUGCCAGCAUCGUGGUUGUCCAGUGGGCCGAUCUAAUCAUCUGCAAGACCAGGAGGAACUCCCUCUUUAAGCAGGGCAUGAGGAACCGGAUCCUGAUCUUCGGCCUGUUUGUUGAGACUGCUUUGGCUGCCUUCCUCUCCUACUGCCCUGGAAUGGACGUUGCCUUGCGGAUGUACCCUCUGAAGCCCCUGUGGUGGUUCUGUGCCUUCCCAUACAGUCUUCUCAUCUUCAUUUAUGAUGAAGUCCGUAAAUUAAUUCUGAGGAGAUGCCCCGGAGGUUGGGUGGAGCAGGAGACAUAUUAUUAACAUUCAGAAAAUGUCUGUUUGAAUUGUGUGUCUGUGAGACUGUGUCUGUGUGUGUGUGUGUGUGUGUGUGUGUGUUUGUUUGCGUGUGCUUGUGAGGGUUGAACUGUGUGUCUGUCACAGUUGUAAUAUUGCAUGGAUCAGUUCACAACUCUGAUUAUCAUAAAAAUACAGCUGAAAAUAGGCUUUUGAUUGUGCUUUGAGUUUUUCCUUUUUGUUUUCUCAGAAAACAUUUCCAGCAGAACAAUGGUAAUGUGUACUUAUGUGCCUUACAUAAACUGUUACCAAAGUGAUGUAUCAUGGCCUGUUUGGCUAUAGAGGAAUGCCAAAUGUCGCUCAUCAUGUGAAAUGUACCAAAUAAAACAUAUUCCAAAAUA